UCUAGAAGCAGUGGUGGAGCGCUAGCCGGGCCAGAAAGGGUUCUUUUAGAGAAAAUAAGAUGCAAAGGGCGACGCAACAAGGCAUAUCAAGUUCAAGGGGUUCAAAGUGCCAUGACUGUGGGAACCAAGCCAAGAAGGAAUGUUCAUACUCAAGGUGCAGAACUUGCUGUAAAAACAAAGGCUUUCACUGCCAAACCCAUAUCAAGAGCACUUGGACUCCUGUGGAUAAUAUUAGGAGACGCCAUAUUCCUCAAAAUCACAACCCAUAUUCAGGAUUAGAGUUGAAAUUUCCGGGUGCUACAAAUUCGAUGGCUAUAUUUCGGUGCGUGAAGGUUCGUUCUAUGGAUGAUGCGGUUUAUGAAAUAGCGUAUCAAACAUCUGUGAACAUCGGAGGGCAUGUAUUUAAUGGACUACUAUAUGAUCAAGGUCCUGACCAAAGCUAUAAUAAUAAUUGUAAGGGUGAAAGUUCCACGAGCCUUGUUGAUCAGCAGCAGAAUAAUCUGGGUUUUGUGAAUAUUAAUAAUGGUUCAAUCCAGAGUAGAGAUAGUAGUGGUGCAAGUGCAAGUGCAACUAUGGCUUCUGUUGGUCCGGAAGAGACUCUUUUAACUCCAUCACCAUAUCCGUUUUCCCUUGCUUCUUUCAGGUCCGGUAUGCCAUAUUAAUAUCACAUACCCAUCAAGAUCCUAAUUAAUUGGUUUCUUUAAUAAUAUCUUGCUCAUGAAGAACAUGCAUGACAGGGCAAGAGACAUUUAUGGAUGGAUAUGAGGAAAGUACUAAUUAAGAAUAGAAUGGAAUAUCGGCGUUGAUGGAUAUGAAAUACUUACUUUAGCUAGCUAUCUAGCCACCUUAAUUUGUGGAGCAUUUUAUAUUUUAAUGCUCAAGAAAUAAACACGCAAUGUGUCAUGCCCUAGAAACAAAUUUAUUAAUUAAACAAAUGCGAUCGAGAGUGAUUGUUCUUUACUUGUUGAAAUACCGAUGACUAGAUUUGUUCCCUUAAUCAAUUUGUUCAAACAAGUUUGGCAGUUUUGUCGUCU